UGUGGUCGACAAAAAUAAGCUAAGAUAGCAACAGUAAUUUGCGCGUGCAGGUGUUACGAUCCGACAUAAAUAUGUAACGAUCAGUCUGCACUAUCUCUCAAGUGGAUCGGCAUAAUAGACAAACAUAGAUAAAAUAGCGUUUGCGAAUUAGCUUUGUUAUCCAGUGGUUUCUGCUAACCAGAUGGGGGCUAGCUUGUUGUAAACGAUCCUUACCUAACCGCAGCUAGCUAGCCAGCUAGCUAACCUUAACGUUAGUAAGCAAACGUCCCAUAACAAUUCUACAUUAAUAUCGUUAAGUAAUAUCAGCUACAAGUCGGUAUCACCGUAAAGAGAUUGGGAAUUUGGCACGGCGAACGUGUGCCUUUAAAAGUUGGUGUGUUUCCCGAUAACCGGGCGGAAUAUAUAUAUAACAUUAUUCACAAGUUGAAAAGGUGAAAAUAAUGCACCACGCCAAGAUCAAGACUGAAAGGCAAGAUUUGGAGGUGACUGGUGCACGCAGCAGAUUGGAUGCAGUGUUAAAGGGACUGGUAGAAAAGAGUGAAAAUGAAAGGGAUCAAAAUGAGGGGGAUACUGGAAAAAUAACAGCUGACCCUUUAAACAAGGACUUGUCUCCAUCAUCUGCUGGAAAAAGGCAAGUACCGUCAGCUCGUUUUUCACAGCACCGGAGGAAGAAACGAAAAGAAAUGGAUGAAGGCAUACCAGAGGGCAAUCAGCAUAAACAAAAUGCUUACAUUAUUAAGUUGUUUGAUCGCAGCGUGGAUCUGGCUCAGUUCAACACCAGCACCCCACUGUAUCCCAUCUGCCGUGCCUGGAUGAGAAACAAUCCUUCUGUUCGAGAGCCAGCUCUCUCCCCAAGCCCUCCACACAGCAUGGUAGAGGAAGAGGUCACAGACAUGAUCAAUGGUAAAGGUCAGAAUGUGUACCGAUUUCCUCCUCCAACCUCCUGCCCAGUCGGCCCCACUGGUGAACCCAUCAAUCUCAGGAUCCCACAGACUGAAAAACCCACUGUUACCAAGUUAAACGAUUCAGCUCCUGUUUCAGGUUCUCUUAUAUGUGACCACAUGGAACGAUGGAAAAAGAUAAGGCAGAAAUGGAAGGAGUGCUCCAACAAGAACCAGCUAAGAUACAGUGAGAGCAUCAAGAUCCUUAAGGAGAUGAAGGACCUCUAUGAUCACUAACUGGCCACCUUAUAGCUCUCCACAAUGGAAUGGACUCUUUGCACUUGGAACAGAGCCAUGGUGUACACCUGCCACCUACACAGACUCAUAGGAAAGUAUUAAUUGAACCCGGAGCCUUAAAUUGAUCACAUGUCCUGUGCAUUGCAGAAAUAAUAUUUUGAAGGAUGUUUUAAGGUUUUUGCAAGCUCUUGUGUGGGAAUGGCUUCUAGUGUGGUGUAGGGGUGUUUUUAAUCAUAAAAACUGUGUAGAUGUCUGACUAAAUUAACUUCGUUAUCAGCAGUAUUUUUCCAGAAAAACUGUCAUGUGCAUCCUCAACAUCCUAACAAGAUUGAAUAAAGUUUAUUGUGAUCUC